AUGAGUGAAGGCCCUGUGAAAUUCGAAAAAAAUACCGUCAUAUCCGUCUUUGGUGCGUCAGGUGAUCUGGCCAAGAAGAAAACCUUUCCCGCCUUAUUUGGGCUUUUCAGAGAAGGCUACCUUGAUCCGUCUACUAAGAUCUUCGGUUAUGCCCGGUCCAAAUUGUCCAUGGAGGACCUGAAGUCCCGUGUCCUACCCCACUUGAAAAAACCCCACGGCGAAGCCGAUGACUCUAAGAUCGAACAGUUCUUCAAGAUGGUCGACUACAUUGCGGGAAAUUACGACACAGAUGAAGGCUUCGACGAACUGAGAUCGCAGAUCGAGAAAUUCGAGAAGAGUGCUAACGUCGAUGUCCCACAUCGUCUCUUCUACCUAGCCUUGCCGCCAAGCGUUUUCUUGACCGUGGCCAAGCAGAUCAAGAGCCGUGUAUACGCAGAGAACGGCAUCACUCGUGUAAUUGUAGAGAAACCCUUCGGGCACGACCUAGCUUCUGCUAGAGAGCUGCAGAAAGACCUGGGUCCUCUGUUUAAGGAAGAAGAGUUGUACAGAAUUGAUCAUUACUUGGGUAAAGAGCUGGUCAAGAAUCUUUUAGUCUUGAGGUUCGGUAACCAGUUUUUGAAUGCUUCGUGGAACAGAGACAACAUCCAGAGUGUUCAGAUUUCGUUUAAAGAGCGAUUCGGCACCGAAGGCCGUGGCGGCUAUUUCGACUCCAUAGGCAUAAUCAGGGACGUGAUGCAGAACCAUCUAUUGCAAAUCAUGACUCUCUUGACCAUGGAAAGACCGGUGUCUUUUGAUCCGGAAUCCAUCCGUGACGAAAAGGUCAAGGUUCUAAAGGCAGUCGCCCCCAUCGAUAAGGAUGACGUUCUCUUGGGCCAGUACGGUAAAUCUGAGGACGGGUCCAAACCCGCUUACGUGGAUGAUGACACAGUAGACAAGGACUCUAAAUGUGUCACCUUCGCAGCGAUGACUUUCAACAUCGAAAACGAGCGUUGGGAGGGCGUGCCUAUCAUGAUGCGUGCCGGUAAGGCCUUGAACGAGUCUAAAGUAGAGAUAAGACUGCAGUACAAAGCUGUCGCCUCGGGUGUCUUCAAAGAUAUUCCAAAUAACGAGCUGGUCAUCAGGGUCCAGCCCGAUGCCGCCGUAUACUUAAAGUUCAAUGCUAAGACCCCCGGUCUGUCAAAUGCCACUCAAGUCACAGAUCUGAAUCUAACGUACGCAAGCAGGUACCAAGACUUCUGGAUUCCAGAAGCUUACGAGGUGUUGAUAAGGGACGCCCUGCUGGGUGACCAUUCUAACUUUGUUAGAGACGAUGAAUUGGAUAUUAGCUGGGGCAUUUUCACCCCAUUGCUGAAGCACAUAGAGCGUCCUGACGGUCCAAGGCCGGAAACCUACCCCUACGGAUCAAGAGGUCCAAAGGGAUUGAAGGAAUAUAUGCAAAAGCACAAGUAUGUCAUGCCCGAAAAGCAUCCUUACGCGUGGCCCGUGACUAAGCCAGAAGAUACAAAGGAUAAAUAG